CCCGCAGUCCUGGCGACUGAAUGCUCGAGCCGUCUAACUUCACUUUUGACGCACACCUAGACCUCUUCUAAAUCUCAGGCUACUAGCCUAUGUCCGUUACCCAUAGUGGGCUUUGGAGUUGGAGUUGGAUGUUGCGCAGAGACCCCAGGUUGCACGUUGGAUCGCCGGCUCUCAGCGAACCAGGGAGACCUCGGAGCUUUUGCGUGUGUGGCUGCGCCCGCACGAUCACGUGACCAGGGGACACGCGGCGCCGGCGCCGGCGACCCGGAGCAUCAGACUAAUGAGCAAAGUGGUGAGAUCAUUGAGUCAAUCAGAGGUGCAGGUCUGGGGAACAGAAGAGGAUGACAUGACAGAAGGGGAUCUAGGGUAUGGCCUUGGAAGAAGACCUGGUGGAAUUUAUGAAGUGGAAGUUUCACAUUUACUUACAUCUAAAAAAAAAUCAGAUGGAAAGAACAUUAGCCCUCCCCAGUUUCAAAAAAAGGGAAAAGAAAAAAGUGGAGCCAUUUUUCAGUAUUUCAAGCAUAAGAACUUGCAAGACACAUGCCUUCAAGGGUCCAGGAUUUCCAGUUACAGACAACAAAGCAGCACCGGUUCUAAUUCAGAAUUGUCAAAUGAAGAUUUAAGGCAACGUCUUCAUGAAACUUUAGGGGAAGUAGAAAUUUUAAAAACUGAACUUGAAGCAUCUCAAAGACAACUUGAAGGUAAAGAGGAAGCAUUGAAAAUUCUUCAAAGCAUGGCAGUAUUUGGCAAAGCCACAAGUCAUACCCAGGCAAUACUUCAGAAAACUGUGGAGCAAAAGAGAUCCUUGGAAAAGGAAAUAAAUGCCUUGCAGUGGGAAAUAGAAUUUGAUCAGAAUAGAUAAAAUAUAGAGGAAUCUUGGACACAAAAAUAUGAAAGACUAAACUGUGAAAAUGCAGUUCUCAAAGAGAAUCUGAAACUGAAAACAGAAGAAAUUAAAAUGCUAAAAUCUGAAAAUGCAGUUUUGAAUAAGCAGUACUUGGAGGCCCUCGCCAUACUUGAUACAAAACAGCAGAAGAUGGCUCAGGAAUAUAUGUGCCAGGAUAAAAGUGACUCUACAGAGGUAUCAGGUCUUGAGCUUGCAAUCCUCGGAGCCUGCCUUUGUCACGGUCCUGGAGGGAGCCCCUGUUCUUGUUCCAAAAUGGCAGCAUCUACUCAUAAACUGGUUCUUCAGCUCAAAUAUGAGUUGGAACUUUUGCAGAAGAGUAAAGAAGAAGCUUACACAAUGGCAGAUGCGUUCAGAAUUGCAUUUGAGCAACAAUUAAUGAGAAAAAAUGACCAGGCACUAAGAUUGACACAAAUGGAUAAAAUGUGUAAAAAAGCAACGAGACAGAUAAAUUGGAAGCACCUUACAGAGGAUGGAUAUUCACCACAAAAGAGUAAGAAGACCUUGGGGCAGAAACUGUUGGAUAUGUUGCCUUCAGAAAACAGUUCUAAGAGAACUCAAGACCAGGAUAAUCCUCAAGCAGUCUUUAGGAUGCUAAUAGAUUUGUUAAAUGAUAAAGAAGAAGCACUGGCUCAUCAAAGAAAAGUUAGUUACAUGCUUGCUCGAGCACUGGAAGACAAAGACACUGCCUCAAAAGAGAAUAAAAACAAAAAUCUGAUGAAAGAGAAUUUUCUAAAAAACCUGUGGCCUAAAACAUCAGAAUUCUCUGUUUUACAUGAUCCUCUUCAUUCAAGUGUCCAAAUUUUUAAUUCUGUGGGCUGCAUUUGUUCAAUUCAGCAACCUCAAAUACAUCCAAAUCACACAAGAACCCUUAAGAGAUCCCAUUCUUUACCAACGAGUAUCAUUUUUUGAAGAGGAACCAGCUGAAAUUAGAACUGAGAAACUUUUAAAUCAAGAGACUUGGAAGUUGGGGAUAUGGCUCAGUGGUAGAGUGCUUGCCUGCCACGAAUAGGCCUUGGGUACAAUCCCCAGCACCACAAAAAGAGGCUUUGAAAGAGAAUUGUAUACAUGUUGCUACAUCCUGAGCCAAAAAUUGUGGUUUCAAUGUUAGGAGGUAGCUUAAUCAAACUUUUCCUGCAUUUUCUGUAAGAAAUCACUAUCCUAUGUUGAUGUUUUAUUUAUAAAAUUACAUUAUAUUUUAUGAAGUUUUCAGUGUUUACCAAUGUCUUAUAAACAAAUUAUUUAGGAUAAAACCAAAAAUUACUUAUUUAUGUUUACAUAGAAAGUACUUAUACUUUUAUUAGUAUAAUACUUAUUAAUAAUAUUUAAAUAUUUGAUUGAUUAUAGGGGAUCUUAGAUUGGCUAAGUCAACAAGAUAACAAGGUAUGUUAAUUUUCUAAGAUGUAAUAAUACAUAGGAGUGACUGAAUGUUAAUUUUUGAAACACUUAUUUGCCUUUACAGAAUUUUUCACUUAUCAUUUAAAGUUUAAAAAUAACAUUUCCUUGGCUGGGUGCAGUGGUGCAUGGAUGUAAUCCCAGCAGGCUUGGAAGGCUGAGACAGGAGGAUCAGAAGUUCAAAACCAGCCUCAGCAAUGGUGAGGUACUAAGCAACUCAGUGAAACCCUGUCUCUAAAUAAAUACAAAAUAGGGCUGGGGAUGUGGCUCAGUGGUCGAGUGCCCUUGAGUUCAGUCCCUGGUAUCCCCCAACCAGGAAAAAACAUUUCCUUAAGUUAACUUUAAAAAACAAAAAAAGUUAUGAUGGUAGGAUUCUGAUAGAAGUCAUUGCUAUUUUCAAAGUUUGUCAGAGUGGUAACAUUUUUUAAAUAAUCCUACACAGAUGUAUCACCAAACAUACAAGAUGCUUAAUGGCUCUCCCUCUCAAGACAUCCUGCGAGGUAGAGGUGAUGGUCCAGGAAAGAAAGUCUGAGGGAUCUGAAGCUGCUUCAGGUGACAUCUAAUCAGGGCCUGAGCCAAGAUGAGUUCUAAGGUUUAAGCUUUUAGCUGUCAUGUGAUUUUCCAUAAAUCACAACCUGGAUGUCAGAUUAGUUUAUUGGUGUCACUGAAAAAUGGCAUACAUAGGGCAAUUUUCUAGUCAUGGGGUAUUUUAUUAACAGUCAGGUGCCACAUACCACAUUUUACUCACUGAUAGACACAUACAACAGUGUUCCCAUAAAAUGAUAUUGGCCUAAUGAUGUCAGAGCUAUAUUAGUUUGUAUAAGCACUCUAUUAUGUUUGCAAAGGAUAAAACUUCCUAACUGCAGUUCCGGAACAUAUCCCUCUCAAAUGAUACAUGACUGUACUACCUUAUUAGGAAACUUUGAGAAUUAAAAAGAGAAUACUUUUUUAAAGCAAAAAGCUGAAAGCUUUAUUUCCUAGUCUGAGUGACUCAGAAGUUUGGAUUUAGGUUAUAGACAUCAUAAUCUUACUUGAGAUCACUGGUUACUGUAUUAGAACAACGACAAAAUAAAGAAUCAUGUGAAUACAUUUGUAUAACUUACCUUUAAAGCAACAGCAUAAUAGUCAAGGAUGAGAAAACAUGGGGGAUCAAAAAAAAAAAAAAGGAUGUCUUUACAGAUUUCUCCUAAAU